AUUUUAACAAACUAUUGACAGAUCAAUAAAACAUGAACUGUGAACCAAUUCAUCUUCAUGUGUAUGAGCUGGACUUUGAAAUGGAAAUUUCAAGAGUGAACUGGUUGAACAGAGAGGAGGAGCAUGAGAACAGGGAAGUGUCAGACUCCAUUUUCACCUGGAUGAGCAGAAGGAAGGAAAGUGAGCAGAUAAACAUUGAAACUGGUGUGAAAUGAUAAUUUCACUGUGUUGUGCUGUAAAGUAAGUACAGGACAGGAAGGAAAAAUGUGAGACCUUGAUUAUCUAGAAGAGCAGCGUGGCCUGAACCACAACUGAGCUGCAGCCGGCCCGGUGUAACAUGGACGAGGACAUUUCAGAGCAAGUUGGACCCUCACACACAAAAGGUCAGGACCACAGACUGAGAGCAGAGUCUCCAGGUUCCAGAUGUGUGUCUCUGAAGAGUGACUGGUCCAUGGGACGUCCUCCAUUCUUCAGUAAUGAACCUGGACCCUCACAAACAGAGAAGAGGAAGAGGAAGAGGAGUCAUGUUUCUGAGGAGGAGCAGUCGUCCUGCUGUGCUUCGUGUCAAGACGUCCUGAAGGAUCCAGUCUCCACCAGCUGUGGACAUUGGUUCUGCAGACAGUGCAUCACCUCAUACUGGGACCAGUCUGGUUCUUCAGGAGACUCCUCCUGUCCCCAGUGUGGAAAAAGAUCCAGAACAGGAGCUGGAGCUCAGACAGCCGCAGAUCGUGGUCUACAGGAGGUUUUAGAUGAACAUAAGCUCAGUCUGAGGAGAACAUGUGAACAUGUGACUGAAGGAACUGGUGAAACAGGAAGUAGAACCCUCCUAAACAGGAUCUACACUGAGCUCUACAUCACAGAGGGACAGAGUGAAGAGGUUAAUACUCAACAUGAGGUGAGGCAGCUUGAGACGGCUUCCAAGAGGAAGAUCCUCCACGACACUCCCAUCAAGUGCCACGACAUCUUUAAAGCCUCCACUGACCAGCAGAGCAGCAUCAGAGUCGUCCUGACCAACGGAGUCGCUGGUGUUGGAAAAACCUUCUCGGUGCAGAAGUUCACUCUGGACUGGGCAGAGGGUUUAGAGAACCAGGAUGUGGGUCUGCUGACUGUGCUUUCGUUCAGGGAGCUGAACCUGGUGAAGGACCAGCAGCACAGUCUUCUCACGCUGCUCCGUGUUUUCAAUCCAACGUUACAGAAGCUCACAGCAGAGACGCUCGCUGUCUGUAAACCUUUGUUCAUCUUUGACGGCCUGGAUGAAAGCAGACUUUCUCUGGACUUCAACCACAGGGAGCUUGUGUUUGAGGUCACACAGAGGUCAUCAGUCAACGUGCUGCUGACAAACCUCAUCCAGGGGAAUCUGCUUCCCUCGGCUCUCAUCUGGAUAACCUCCAGACCUGCGGCGGCCAAUCAGAUCCCUCCUGCAUGUGUUGACAGGGUCACAGAAGUACGAGGCUUUACUGACGCCCAGAAGGAGGAGUACUUCAGGAGGAGAUUCAGUGAUGAAGAGCUGUGCAGCAGAAUCAUCUCACACAUCAAGACGUCCAGGAGCCUCCACAUCAUGUGUCAAAUCCCAGUCUUCUGCUGGAUCAGUGCUACGGUUCUGGAGCACAUGCUGACCACAGACCAGAGAGGAGAGCUGCCCAAGACCCUGACUGACCUGUACUCAUACUUCCUGCUGGUUCAGACAAAGAGGAAGAACAAGAAGUAUGGUGAGGAGCAUGAGACGACUCCACAGCAGCUGAAGGAGGCUGACAGGUACGUUCUCCUGAAGCUGGGGAGGCUGGCACUUAAACAUCUGGAGGAAGGAAACAUCAUGUUCUACCAAGAAGACCUGGAGCGGUGUGGUCUUAAUGUCACAGAGGCCUCAGUGUAUUCAGGAGUUUGUACUGAGAUCUUCAGAAGAGAGUGUGUGAUCUUCCAGAAAUCAGUCUACUGCUUUGUUCAUCUGAGCGUUCAGGAGUUUCUGGCUGCAGUCUACAUGUUCCACUGUUACACCGAGAGAAACACAGAAGAACUCAACAACUUCUUGGGAACAUAUUGGGACACAGACAGUACCUUCUCCCUGGAUGACCUCCUGAAGAGAACCAUGAGAAAAUCCUUCACCAGUACAAAUGGUCAUCUGGACCUGUUUGUUCGCUUCCUUCACGGCCUCAGUCUGGAGUCCAACCAGAGAGUCUUAGGAGGCCUGCUGGGUCAGACAGAGAACAAUCCAGAGAUCAUCCAGAGAGUCAUCAACAACCUGAAGCAGAUGGAGAGUGAUGACAUUUCUCCUGACAGAAGCAUCAACAUCUUCCACUGUCUGACUGAGAUGAACGACCACUCAGUUCAUCAGCAGAUGCAACAGUUCCUGACAUCAGAGAACAAAUUGAAGGAGAAACUCUCUGAGAUCCACUGCUCAGCUCUGGCCUACAUGCUGCAGAUGUCAGAGGAGGUUCUGGAUGAGUUGGACCUGGAGAAGUUCAACACAUCAGACCAGGGUCGACGGAGACUGAUCCCAGCUGUGAGGAACUGCAGAAAGGCUCUACUCAGUGGUUAUGGACUCUCAGAGACUCACUGUGAAGUCGUGGCCUCAGCUCUGAAGUCAGACCCCUCACAUCUGAGAGAACUGGAUCUGAGUAACAACGAGCUGCAGGACUUAGGAGUGAAGCUGCUGUGUUCUGGACUGGAGAGUCCAAACUGUCGACUGGAGACUCUGAGGUUGUGGGACUGCAGUUUGUCAGAGAUCAGCUGUUCUUCUCUGGCUUCAGCUCUGAAGUCAAACCCCUCUCAUCUGAGAGAACUGGAUCUGAGUAGAAAUGUCCUGCAGGACUCAGGAGUGAAGGAGCUGUGUGGUUUUCUACAGAGUCCAACCUGUCGACUGGAGACUCUGAGGUUGAAGGAGUGCAGUCUGUCAGAGAUCAGCUGUUCUUCUCUGGCUUCAGCUCUGAGGUCAAACCCCUCUCAUCUGAGACAACUGGAUUUGAAUGACAACAACCUACAGGACUCAGCAGUGAAGGAGCUGUGUGGUUUUGUACAGAGUCCAACCUGUCGACUGGUGACUCUCGGGUUGGAGGACUGCAGUCUGUCAGACAUCAGCUGUUCUUCUCUGGCUUCAGCUCUGAGGUCAAACCCCUCUCAUCUGAGAAAACUGGAUCUGAGUAGAAAUGUCCUGCAGGACUCAGGAGUGAAGGAGCUGUGUGGUUUUCUACAGAGUCCAACCUGUCGACUGGAGACUCUGAGGUUGAAGGAGUGCAGUCUGUCAGAGAUCAGCUGUUCUUCUCUGGCUUCAGCUCUGAGGUCAAACCCCUCUCAUCUGAGAGAACUGGAUCUGAGUAGCAACAACCUGCAGGACUCAGCAGUGAAGGAGCUGCUUGAUCUAAAGCAGAGAUCAACCUGUCAACUGGAGAAUAUGAGAUGGGGGAGGUGGUCUUUGUGAAGGUGAAUGUGAAGAGGACAGUGUGUGUGGACGGAGGCUGACCUGUGUCCUGAUGAUCCAGAGGCUGAAGCAGCAGCAGCAGCAGCUUGUGUGAAGUCUCCAAUCUACACAACCCCUAAUCUGCAUGUGUUUGUGAGAUGAAGCCGGAGCACCUGGAGAAAACACGAGGAGAACAUGCAGACUCCACACAGGAAGACCUCAUCUGAACCGGAUUCAAACCAGCAACCUUCUUGCCCCGAUUGUGUUUAUUCACAUGAAGAAUGUGUUUAUUGAAAUGACACAACACAAGCAGAAUAUAUAAACCCUCUAUAAAGAGUCACAUACAG